UUAUAACCUUUUAUAACCUGUCAAAGUUUGCAACCUUUGACCUUAAUUAAAAUCCAACUUUUCGUCGUACCCAGGGUACUCUGUUAGCUUGGUACCCUGGGUCUGAGAGUGUCUGAGAUUUGCAGAAGCGGAAGUUUCAACAACAAGAAAGUACCAGGGUAGCAAAUGAAGGCGUUGUGACAUUUAGACAAGUUGGUAUAGAAAUUCACCAUGGAGCUGGAGUUACAGACCACUGCUGGUGACAGCGUUACCCCCACUGCAAUCAUCCCACGACUUCCCUUGUGGAUCAAGGUCAUAACCUUGACCUCAUGUACGCUCUCCAUCCUGGGGUCAGCUUUGAUCAUUGGGACCUUCUUUGCAUGGAAGGACAUUCGCACCCCGUCUCGCCGUCUUCUCGUUAUCUUGUCACUCACAGACUUCUGGACGGCGGUCGCUCUUUUCUACGGAGUGUACACAGAUUUCAUGGACAGCUCAGUUGACUGCAUUGUGCAAAGCAUCGUCAGCACCUUCAUGGGGACCAGCUCUUUCUUCUGGACUGUUUCCAUAGCAAUCUACUUGUACAUAACGAUUGUGAAGACUGACACUCAGCUGGCAGGAAGCCUGACGAAGUAUUUUCACGUUGUAAGUUGGGGUGUCCCCCUUGUGGUGGUUGGGUGUGCUGCAGGGCUGCAGAAGCUGGGAUAUGACAAGUCCCAGGUGUCGGUGGGCUGGUGCUGGGUGAAGCUGACCACACCCGACAACCUGCUGUGGAUGCUGCUGACUGGCAAACUGUGGGAGAUCCUGGCUUACUUCAUCCUCCCUGCACUGUACAUAGCCAUGAAGAGGCAUAUCUAUGCACAGGGCCACACCCAGGAUUGCUACCGUUUCCAGCGCAGUGCGGUGGCUGCCAUGGUGAAGGUGGACCGUAAGCUGACCUUCAUCCCAUUGGUGUUUGUGCUGCUACGGGUGUGGAGCACCAUACGGUUCAUCCUAACACUGAGCGGCUCUCCUGCUAUCAACAACCCUGUUCUGCUUGUUCUACACGGCAUUGGAAACACCUUUCAGGGUGGGGCCAACUGUAUCCUAUUCUGCCUCUGCACAGAGAAGAUUCGAAACAAGCUGCUACCCAAUAUGCUAUGUGGACCUCGCAGUUCCUGUUGCAGCUGCCAGGGGGCCGCUUGCUGCUCUUUCUUAAGGCUAAAGCUGCUGGGGCCCAAAUAUGUCCUUCAAAUAGAGGCCAAUGGAAGUGUCAACAGAGAGGAUGAACCACUUCUCACUGAGAACCACUAAGUUAUUGACAGCAUCUACAUGCUACAGUGCAUCUACAUGUAGUUGCUGUUAAAUGUAAGGGAUAUCUUUAUACUAACUCAGUGAUCACUACAUGUUACGUUAGAUUGAUUUAAGUAUAGUUAUUUGUACUGCCAUUUACAGGAGCAUUACAAUCCAGAAGUGAGUGUUUUUUCUUUAUGAUAAAUACCAUCUUAAGGAAAUAAAAAAAUGCAUAGUACUCCACAUUACAUGAUAUAUACUUAACUUGCUUGUACCUGAAGUGGCUAAAUACAAUGUACCUGACAAGGCAAGACUUGAAUUAAGGUUACAAAACUAAUUCCAGCAAAAUUAAAACUAUGAAAACCCCACUCUUCAUUUGUUCCGAAAAUAUUCAUGAUAAAUGAUCACUCUGAUCAAGGAAGUAUUAUGCCUGAAAGUGUCAUUGUGCAAUGUUACAGAAAUGGAAUAACUAGUCUUGUAGAUGGUACCGUUUACAGAGAAAAGACCAGCUGCAAUGAAAGAGCUUUGUUGAAUUCUUGUUUUUCAUUUGUUUAAUAUAAUGUAGAUGGUGUACAUGUAAAUACACAAUUGCAAGUGUUAAAAGGAUAAGGGAAUUGCUUUUCUUCUUCAGUAGCAGUACUUAAGGAAAAAGAAAGCCUGUAGGUGGCUGGUUAUUUAUCUUGAUUCUUUUGCCUUUUCUAAAUGUCAGGGGAUAUUCUGACUGAUAUUCUAUUGCAUUCCUACAAUGGUAUAAUUUCUUUACUGGAAUAUGGAUCAUAGAAUGAUCUCUGGUAUUUCAUGCACUAGUUUUGGACAGUGUUAUUUUAUAUCAGUAUGUAUUAUACUGCCAUAAUAAAGAUUAUAGCACCAUG